CUAACCAUCAAGAUCUGAUCCAAAACCUGACUUAUUGCAGUCAUAUCUUUCCUUUUUAUAGUCAACCAGAAGAAUGUCACAGAUUAAUGUCAUCCUUAUCCCACAAAGUCAAGGAUCUCUUCUGCUCCAAUCUCCGAAUAAUCCUAGCAGUAAUUUUCAAAACUUCCCAACUUGCUUCCAAGUUGUUAAGUGAAGACCUUCAAACCUACGAUCUAAGCCCAAUGACUUCUGACUACAAAUAUUUGCUUUACAAACGGAGUAUAAAAUGCUCUUCCCCAGAGUGCAUUCAAAUAUUGAUAAACCUCAUUGAAGAAGCAGCCUCAAUAGAUUCAAAAGAAGAACAAACUCUCUGCAAGAAGUUCCUAGGCUCGCUUGUAAUAGAUAUGGAUGUCUGGUUACCAGAAUUCAACAAGUUAGUCACUCUUCUUGAAGAGAAGAGCAUCGAUCUGAAGAUAAUAUCUUCCAACUGCAUGCACAUAGAUUAUUUCAACACGCAGGACAUCUGGAUUUACCCUUAAUAAUCUGCAAUAGAUGAGCCGAUCAAGUAUUGCGCACAACCAAUACUUUAUGGGUCCAAUCCAGAUUUGAAUAUGAGAAUAGUGUAGAGAUACGGAGCAUGACACGAAUAUGAGUACACCCAAGUGUCAUUGUUUAGACUCAUUCAAAUUUAUGAUUGCCAAGUUGAUCAGCUUAAAUGGACUACUAAUGAAUAUUGUACC